AUGAGAGUAAACGAUGCCUUGGCAAGGGCUGUACAUUUGACAACGUCUAGUCAGAGAAAUAAUCAAAAAUAUACGGGAUACAAGAAACUUGAUCAACGAGUCUCAGACUUUCAAAAAGCUGCGCUGCUGCAAAAGUGUUACCAAAUCAAUGAACAAGAGAACAAGUUGGAUCAAUCAGGAACAGUAGAUAAACUUCUUUCAGAUGCUUCAAAAAUAUGUGGGCAUUCAACCAAUGCCGCAUCGUCCACUGCAUAUUCAAGCAGCAUUCAUACUCCAUACGACCCAUUAUUUGACUUCGAAACAACAACCAACAGCACUUCAUUAUCAGGGUGUGCAAGCCAAGCAAAAGUUCCUCUCGAUGCCUCGACCUUCCAUGGUCAGUCGCAGAAAAUUGACCGCAGCAUUUUUUAUAUCAGUAUAUCUUCAAACACGGAGAGAGUUUCCAUACUCAAAGUAGACAUCUUCAGUUUGACGGGUGUUCAGCUGGAAAAGCUUACCGCCAGCAAUAGGCCCAACCGAUUGGCAACAAUGGAAGAAUGGCAGAGACACACGAAAUGGCAAUUCAACAAAUAUGAAUGA